UUUCGCUGUAUUGCUCCCCAAGCAGGUCCGAUCCGCGUCGGAACUGGGAUAUAGGUGAGGAUGGACUUUUGGAGGUUUGCUUACAUAUCACUUGCCUGCAUCACGUUGGGACAUGAAGCUGCAGCAAACAUGAACUUUGACGUUCAUAUCGACAAACUGGAACGGGUCGGGGACACGGGAGAGUACUUCACGUACAACUACAGCUACGAGAAGAUCUCGGAGAUGAAGUUCAACAUGGGUGCGCAAGUCCAGCAGCUGAAGGAGCUGGAUGAUAGCUACACGGUAAAGGCGUUGGUAGCCCGGGCCGAUCUGGCAGAUGGCAGCGAGUUUGAGGUGAUGAUGGACCUCCAGAAGCCACUGUGCGAGUGGAUGCGUACCAUCUACAAGACGUACUUUUACGAGGAGCUGGCAAAGGUGAGCAACUUCCCCCAUUACGACACGUGUCCGCUGCCCGUGGCCAAUUACGUCAUGGAGAACUACGUGCUGGACACCGAACCGUACAGUGAGAUGAUGUCCGAGGGCCGAUGGAAGAUGGAGAUGAUGCUGAUGAAGGGCGAUAGCGUGUGUUCCGGCAUUUCGGUAUUGAACACGGUCAAGCCGAAGGAGUAGUGAAUGGAAUGCUUUCCGAUCUUUGAUUCGUUAAUUUACGUAUUGUAGUACAGUGGAUAUGCUUGGGGAUUUUAGUAUUAUAUUAUCGCAUUCAUUAUCCAUAUUAAAGAUUUAAUCGAUUGUAGUACAACAAAAA